AUGAUGUUUAAACGAUUCUUUCAAACUAGUCGUAAGAACAUCGCAUUUGCCUUCGAUAUUGAUGGUGUCUUACUGAGAAGCAAAACCCCAAUUCCUCGAGCCAGCGAAGCUUUGAAGCUGUUGCAUGAGAAUGAGAUUCCAUUUAUACUGUUAACUAAUGGUGGCGGUCAAUUGGAGAAAGACCGUGUGGAAUUUAUUUCGGAUGCAUUGGAUGUACCAAUCUCCCCUUUACAAAUAGUCCUGAGUCAUACACCAUACAAAGGAUUGGUGAACAAGUAUGAUAAAAUUCUUGCCGUUGGUACGCCAUCGGUUAGAAGAGUCGCAGAAGAUUACGGCUUUAAACAUGUGGUUCAUCAAAGUGACAUUUUGAGAUACAGGAGGGACAUCGCCCCAUUUUCUGGUCUCAGUGAUCAACAGAUUUUAGAGUCUUCAAGAGAGAUCCCAGACCUUGACAAGAAGAGAUUUGAUGCUGUAUUAGUAUUUAACGACCCACACGAUUGGGGAGCUGACAUUCAAAUCAUCCUAGAUGCCAUUAACAGUGAAAAUGGUAUGUUGAAUACUAUCAGAAACGAAAAUUCAAGUAAGCCUUCUAUCCCAAUUUACUUCUCUAACCAGGACUUGUUAUGGGCAAAUAGUUACACAUUGAAUAGAUUCGGACAAGGUGCUUUCCGUCUUCUGAUCAGGAAACUCUAUUCAGAGCUCAAUGAUGGGUUGCAGUUGGAUGAUAACACUAUCGGGAAGCCUACGAAGUUGACUUACGAUUUCGCCCACCAUGUACUCAUCGAUUGGCAGGAAAAGAUCAACUCUCAAACAACGCACUCUACAACGCAAAGACUACCUUCUUUGGGACUACCACCAAAGCAAACACCCUUCCAAGAUGUUUACAUGAUCGGUGACAACCCUGCAAGCGAUAUUAUCGGUGCCCAGCUGUAUGGUUGGAAAAGUUGUCUAGUCAAGACCGGUGUCUACAGAGAAGGAGCUCCUCUCAAACACAUUAAACCCACCAUGAUUGUCGAAGACGUCUACGAGGCAGUCGCCAAAGUACUAAAUCAAUAA